CGAAUGAGUAAGCUUUUGUAAACCUAAAAAAAUGUUGGCGGCUUUGAGAUCGAGAGCUCUUGCCUCGAGCUCUGGUCAUCCCCUUCUCCAUCAUCAUGGACCAUGGAAGCUUCUAGAGUUCCUUCGUCCCAUGUCUUCGUCGUCGUCGUCGUCGUCGUCCUACUCCCGCAAGCCGAGCUUAUUGGAGCUGGAGGAGAUCGAGAAGAUCCUUGGCGAGGUGAAGGCGGACGACGUGAGGGUAAUCCCCGUAAGGAACCAGUGCGAUUGGACGGACUUCAUGGUCGUCGCCACCGGCCGGUCCACCUGGCACGUUCGGAACAUUGCCCAAGCCCUAAUUCACAAGAUAAAACAAAAGCAAAAGAAUGCUGAACGAUUAAUGCUUCCAAGUGUACAAGGACAUGGAGGAGGAAAGUGGAUUGUGAUUGAUUCUGGUAGCAUUAUAAUUCACGCCCUCGAGGAGAAGGCAAGAACUUACUACAAUAUUGAGCAUCUUUGGACCACUGAGAUGAUUCCAGGAGGACCAAAUCAGGAUUUGGAGAAUUCCUUGGUAAAGAUUCGGCGGAGAAACAAAUCAAUGAAGCCAAUGAAGAGCGUUGAAUGAUCAACCGAUUCGAAUCUGUAUGGCUUUUAUUUCUGCUUGACGAAACAAAUCCUUUUGCAAUCUCAAGAUCACUUACUAUAAAACCUUCAUGCUGUAUGCUGCGUUACCAUGUACUGAAUGUGCAAAAGGCUUGCUAGUAUUAUUUUACUUGCCAAGGAGUGAUCAUGCCCUUACAAGAACUGUAAUCUGGCUGCCUGAAAUUAUAUAAGACGUUAUUGUUUUUUUUUUAUUAAAUAUAAGUUCUUUGUGUAUGAUACACAAAAAUAUA